CACCCACCAACCUGCCUUACAAAACAAUACGUCCGCAAGCACAGUCGCCAAACGAAUUUAAAAAUGUCGUCGAUGCGAAAUGCCGUCCAACGGCGUAAUCAUAAGGAGCGUGCUCAGCCGACAGAGCGCGGCCGCCUAGGUCUUCUUGAGAAGAAAAAGGACUACUCUGCCAGAGCCAAGGACUAUAAUAAGAAGAAACAGCAACUAAAGAACUUGCGCCAAAAAGCGAGCGAACGAAAUGAAGAUGAAUUCUACUUUGGCAUGAUGUCCCGCAAGGGCCCCGGCUCUCGCCUCCAGAAUGGCAAGAGUUGGUCAGGUACGAUCGAGGGCGACCGCGGAAACAAGGUGCUUGAUCAAGACACUGUGCGCCUAUUGAAAACGCAAGAUAUCGGCUACGUUAGAACCAUGAAGAACGUCAUAAUGAAGGAAGUCGCCCGCCUGGAGCAGCAGAUCGUUAUGACCCGUGGACUCGACAAUCUGGAUGCCGACGAGGAUGAAGACGAUUUCGAUUUUGACGACGACGACGAAGAUGCCAUGCCUACAUUUAGAAAACUAAAGGCUCCUAGAAAGAUUCAGUUCCUUGAUACCGAGGAGGAGCAAGAAGAAAUUGCAGACGAAGCGGACAACGGCCACACGGACGAUGAAGACGACGAGGCGGAUGAAGCAAAGGAGGAACAGAAUGCUGAGCGUGAAAAAUCUGCUCGCUCAUUACAACGACGCCUGGAAAAUGCACGCAAAAAGCUGGCAGCACUCGCAAAGGCCGAGGCUGCUCUGGAGGUGCAAAAAGCCAAGAUGGCCAAGACAGCAACAUCGAGCGGCACAUCGAGAAGGGGAAAGAAAAUUAUGGUACGAGCACGAAAGCGAUGAACAGAAACCAUCUAUAUUGUAUGCGUAUAUAUUAUUAUCAUAGGCUCUGGGCGUUACGGACAUCAAUUUUUCUCUUGCUCAAAAUUCACGUCUGAUUCAUAUCAACUUUCGAACAUUUGUCUCACAACCCGG